AUCUGUAAUUGGUUAGUUGGAGUUCCUCAAGAAAGGUAGCUGGAUAGAUAGAUACAGGGGACCCCAUUUCCCUGCACCCUGCAAUGCACGCACAAUCACACAUCAUCAAUUCUUCUUCUUCUUCUUCAUCUUCUUCUGCUUCUCUCUCUCUCUCUCUCUCUCUCUCUCUAUAUCAGAGACACAGGCACAAGUCUUCAUAUUCAGUGCUUGAGUUGGGGUUUGCUUGUGCACACUAAGCAUGCCAGUGGCACCAGCAAGAAGUCAGUUCUCAAAGAGAGAAGCUAACAGAGGAGCAUGGACUUCAGAAGAAGACCAAAAGCUAGCUCGAGUGAUAGAAACCCAUGGCCCAAGAAGGUGGAAGCUAGUUGCAGCCAAAGCAGGCCUCAAUAGAUGUGGGAAGAGCUGCAGAUUAAGAUGGCUGAAUUAUUUGAGACCCAAUAUCAAGAGAGGCAAUAUCUCAGACCAAGAAGAGGACUUGAUUCUCAGGCUUCACAAACUCCUGGGAAACAGGUGGUCCUUAAUAGCUGGAAGGCUGCCAGGCCGGACCGACAAUGAGAUCAAGAACUACUGGAACUCUCAUUUGAGCAAAAAGAUAAAGCAGAAGGAGAACCAAAGUAAAUUCCCAGAACGAGAUCAGUCUCAAGACUUGAAGAAUAGCACGGCGGCAAUGCAUAGCUUGGCGGGCGACAACGGAGGGACAUCAAGGAAAGACGAGGAGAUGAAGCCCGACUUCUCCGGGGAUGGAUUCCUCGACAGCUUCAAUGAGGGUCCUCUGAAUUUGGAGUGGAUGAGCAGAUUCCUGGAAAUGGACGAAAGUUGGUUUUCAUUUGCUUAAACUGUGGAGUUUUUUCUUUUCCUGAUUUAUGAUAAGCAAUGAUGGGGAAGUCCAGCAUUUAGAUUCUACCACCCCAUAAUGCAAUGGUAUAUUCCAGGCAGGGAUUUACAUAGAUGUUGGAGUAAUUUAGGGGGCAAUUGCCAAGAAUGUCAAUUUUUUGGUGAUACCUCUUGGCAAAUCUUGGAUAACAUGUCGGUGGUGUUUAA